GAGGAGGGAGUUAAAAGGCUAAACGAUGUGCGCGGUGGCUGAAUCCGUCGCGACGCAGAGUAGCGGACGGAGAAACGGUGCGGAUCAUCGGUGGCUCAGGCUGGCUCAGCUCGUCUUUGGCGCCUCUCCUCUCCCUUUUAGUCCUCUACUACGCCUCCCUUUAAUCCCCUUCCGUCCCCACCUCUCCGCUUCAACAUGCCUGGUGAUAUUCUCAAGAAGAGGAAAAUCGCCGUCCUGGGUUCCCGUUCAGUCGGGAAGUCGUCGCUCAUUAUUCAAUUCAUCGACAACCAAUUCGUCGAGUCCUACUACCCUACCAUUGAAAGCACGUUCUCAAAGAGCAUAAACUACAAGGGUGUCGAGUACGACUGUGACAUCAUCGACACCGCUGGCCAGGACGAGUUCACCAUUCUCAAUCAGAAACACGCUAUAGGCAUCCAUGGCUUCGUCCUCGUGUACUCCGUCACCUCGCGCAAGUCCUUCGAGAUGGUGCGCAUCAUCUACGACAAGAUCAUCGAGUUCAGCGGCCAGAACACCAUCCCAUGCAUCAUGGUGGGCGCGAAGAUGGACCUCCAACAGAGACAGGUAGCACCCCAGGAGGGCGAAGAGCUCGCACAAAGCCACCAUGCGGCGUGGAUCGAAACAAGUGCAAAGACGAAUAAGAACGUCGCCGAAGUAUUCCAGCUCGUCCUCGGAGAGAUCGAGAAAACAACACCGACCAGCAAACCAGUGGUGCCGCCCGCAGGAGCCGUCAAAUGCAUUAUUAUGUGAUGCGCCCCUAGACUUUCUGUUGUUCUCCCCACUGGCAUCUUGCAUUGGCUCAUAGAACAUUCGCAAUCCCCUGUCCUUGCGCACCCCUCAUCCCCUGCAUCGUCUCCACUUGUCCUGCUGCCCUCGUUGUUGCGUCCCCUCAUCGACUCUCCCCCGCAGCGACGUCAGUCCCUCUCCCACUAAACCCGCUCGACGCACGCUGCCCGCCUCUUUCCCUCCUGGGUCUCUUGUAUAUUGGACUGUCGGAUUCUGCCUUCUGUCACAGCCGUGUGCCUAUGCCCUUAGCCUUACAGUUCCUAUGUAAAAGCCCUGUAUGAUUGUUGUUGUCGCGCACCUCCCCUCGUGGGGCCCCUAUUAUGUACACCCUCUCGCCGAGAUCCUAAUAAGCAUAUACUGCUCUCCCCGA